CCCAGGGAGCAAGCACUGGGGCCCACUCCCUCCCGGCCACCAGCCCGCCGCCGUGCCAGCCCCCAGGAUGGGUGCCCUGAACGGGUGCCUGGUGCUGGCCUGGGUCCUGGCGGCCCUGCUUUUGGUGCAGGAGACAGAGACCCAGAGCAGCGUGGAGCCCAGCCAGCCAAGCAGAGAGGCCGCAGAGCACAGCCGGAGGGUGGACGUCGCCUGGAGCAUGACCGUCAUUCCGCCUGUCUCUGUCUUGCCCACCAUGAGCUCCCGGAACCCCGCGCACAACGGGCGCGUCUGCAGCACCUGGGGCGACUUCCACUACAAGACCUUCGACGGCGACAUCUUCCGCUUCCCCGGCCGGUGCAACUACGUCCUGUCUGCGCACUGCGGCGCCGCGUACGAGGACUUCAACGUGCAGCUGCGCCGCAGCCUGGCCGGCUCCAGGCCCACCAUCACCCACGUCAUCCUCAAGACCCAGGGGCUGGUGCUGGAGGCCUCCAACGGCUCCGUCCUCAUCAACGGGCGGCGAGAGGAGCUGCCCUACAGCCGUGCAGGCCUGCUGGUGGAGCAGAGCAGCGUCUACGUCAAGGUCACUGUCCGGCUGCUGCUGACCUUCCUGUGGAACAGAGAGGACAGUGCCCUGCUGGAGCUGGACCCCAAGUACGCCAACCAGACAUGUGGUCUCUGCGGGGACUUCAACGGGCUCCCGGCUGUCAAUGAGUUCUACUCCCUUAACGCUAGGCUGACCCCGCUGCAGUUCGGGAACCUGCAGAAGCUGGACGGGCCCACAGAGCAGUGCCAGGACCCCCCCUCUUCCCCGGCCAGCAACUGCACAGAUGUGGAGGGCGUCUGCCGCCGCACCCUGCUCGGCCCGGCCUUUGCGGAGUGCAACAAGCUGGUGGACCCGACUGCGUAUGUGGCCGCCUGUACCCAGGACCUGUGCCGGUGCCCCUCCUGCCCGUGUGCCACCUUCGCAGAGUACUCUCGCCAGUGCGCCCAUGCGGGGGGGCAGCCCCAGGACUGGAGGGGCCCCGACCUCUGCCCCCAGACCUGCCCCCCUAGCAUGCGGCACCGGGAGUGCGGCUCGCCCUGCGCCGACACCUGCUCCAACCCCCAGCGCUCCCAGCUCUGCGAGGACCACUGUGUGGAUGGCUGCUUCUGCCCCCCAGGCACGGUGCUGGAUGAUGCCACCCACCAGGGCUGUCUGCCCCUGCAGCAGUGCCCCUGCACACACGGGGGCCGCACCUACGCCCCGGGAGCCUCCUUCUCCAGCAGCUGCCGUGCCUGCACCUGCUCCGGGGGGCUGUGGCAGUGCCAGGACCUUCCGUGCCCCGGCACCUGCUCUGUCCAGGGUGGGUCCCACAUCUCCACCUACGACCAGAGGCUCUACGACGUGCACGGGGACUGCAGCUACGUCCUGUCCAAGACGUGUGCAGGGAGCAGCUUCAGCGUCCUGGCCGAGCUGCGCAGGUGCGGCCUGACGGACAACGAGAACUGCCUCAAAUCGGUGGCGCUCAGCGUGCACGGCGGGGACACGGUCAUCCAGAUCCAGGCCAACGGCGGGGUGUUCGUGAACUCCAUCUACACCCAGCUGCCCGUGUCUGCAGCCAACAUCACGGUCUUCCGGCCCACGUCUUUCUUCGUCCUGGUGCACACGGGCCUCGGGCUGCAGCUGCGGGUCCAGCUGGUCCCGAUCAUGCAGGUGUUUCUCCAGCUGGACCCGUCCUACCACGGGCAGACGUGCGGCCUGUGCGGGAACUUCAACCAGAACCAGGCCGACGACUUCCGGACCCUCAGCGGCGUGGUGGAGGGCACGGCUGCCGCCUUUGCCAACACCUGGAAGACCCAGGCCUCCUGCCCCAACGUCAAGAACAGCUUCGAGGACCCCUGCUCCCUCAGCGUGGAGAACGAGAACUACGCCCAGCACUGGUGUUCCCUGCUCACCGACCCGGCAGGAGCCUUCUCCCGCUGCCACUCUGUCCUCAACCCCGCGCCCUUCCACUCGAACUGCAUGUUCGACACGUGUAACUGUGAGAAGACCGAAGACUGCCUGUGCGCCGCCCUGUCCUCCUACGUGCACGCCUGCGCGGCCCGGGGCGUGCUGCUCCGCGGCUGGAGGGACGGCGUGUGCGCCAAGUAUGCGAGCAGCUGCCCCCAGUCCCAGAACUACAGCUACGUGGUGGACGGCUGCCAGCCCACCUGCCGCGCCCGGAGCCAGGUCGACGUCACCUGCAGCGUCCCCUUCCUGCCGGUGGACGGCUGCGUCUGCCCCGCGGGCACCUUCCUGGAUGACUCGGGCACCUGCGUGUCGGCCGACGCCUGUCCCUGCUACUUCCAUGGCUCCGUGCUGGCCCCAGGGGAGGUGGUGCAUGACGAUGGUGUGGUGUGCUCGUGUGUGGCCGGGAGGCUGAGCUGCCUGGGAGCGGCGGAGCAGCGGAGCUCAGGGUGUGUGGCCCCCAUGGUGUACCUGGACUGCAGCAACGCCUCGGCGGGCGCGCCCGGGGCCGAGUGUCUCAGGAGCUGCCACACGCUGGAUGUGGACUGUUUCAGCACCCACUGUGUGUCCGGAUGCGUCUGCCCCCUGGGGCUGGUGUCGGAUGGCAGCGGGGGCUGUGUGGCCGAGGAGGACUGUCCCUGCCUGCACAACGAGGCUGUCUACAAGCCGGGGGACACCAUCCGGGUGGACUGUAACACCUGCACGUGCAGGAACCGCCGGUGGGUAUGUGGCCACGAGCCCUGCCUGGGCACCUGCGUGGCCUAUGGGGACGGUCACUUCAUCACCUUCGACGGGGAGCGCUAUGGCUUCGAAGGGACCUGCGAGUACACGCUGGUCCAGGACUACUGUGGGAGCGACGGCACGACCAACGGGACCUUCCGCGUCGUCACCGAGAACGUCCCCUGCGGGACCACGGGCGUUACCUGCUCUAAGGCCAUCAAGCUCUUCCUGGAGAGCUACGAGCUGGUCCUGCAGGACGGCGGCUACAGGGUGGUGCAGUGGGGGCCGGGCGGAGAGCCGCCCUACAAGGUCCGGCACACGGGCAACUACCUCACCGUGGAGACCCGCGGCGGCCUCGUGCUGUCCUGGGACCGGAGGACAAGCGUGUUCGUGCGGCUGACGCAGGACUACAAGGGCCGGGUCUGCGGGCUGUGCGGGAACUUCGACGACAACGCCGUCAACGACUUCACCACGCGGAGCCAGUCCGUGGUGGGCAGCGCCCUGGAGUUCGGCAACAGCUGGAAGUUCUCCCCGGCCUGCCCCGACGCCCCGGCCCCCCGGGACCCCUGCACCGCCAACCCGUACCGCAAGUCCUGGGCCCAGAAGCAGUGCAGCAUCAUCAACAGCGCGACCUUCGCUGCCUGCCACCCUCAGGUGGACCCCGCCAAGUACUACGAGGCCUGCGUGGGCGACGCGUGCGCCUGCGACUCGGGGGGCGACUGUGAGUGUUUCUGCACGGCCGUGGCCGCCUACGCGCAAGCCUGCCGCGACGUGGGCGUGUGCGUGUCCUGGCGCACCCCGGACACCUGCCCCCUGUUCUGCGACUACUACAACCCCGAGGGCCAGUGCGAGUGGCACUACCAGCCAUGCGGGGCGCCCUGCAUGAGGACGUGCCGGAACCCGGGUGGCCGCUGUCUGCACGACCUGCCGGGCCUGGAAGGCUGCUACCCGAGGUGCCCGCCUGGCGAGCCGUUCUUCAGCGAGGACCAGAUGAAGUGCGUGGCCCAGUGUGGCUGUUACGACGAGGACGGGAACUACCACGACGUGGGCGCCAGGGUCCCCACGGCAGAGAACUGCCAGAGCUGCGAGUGCACAGCCGGCGGCCUCCGGUGCACACACAGCCUCACAGCCUGCACCUGCGUCUACGAGGGCAGGACCUACCACUACGAGGACGUCAUCUACAACACGACCGACGGGCUCGGCGCCUGCUUGUUGGCCAUCUGCGGACAGAACGGAACCAUCCUCCGGCGGGCUGUGGAAUGUCCCGGAACCCCGUCCACAACGCCUUUCACCUUCACCACCACCGCGGUCCCGCUCUCCACGCCAGGCUCAGUUCCCACCGUCACCACCGUGUGUGUGCGCGAGUUCUGCCUCUGGUCCGACUGGUAUGACAGCGGCCCCCCGGAGCCCGGCAUGGCGGGCGGAGACUUCGAGACGUUUGUGAACCUCAGGCAGAAGGGCUACGAGGUGUGCCUGGCCCCGGUGAGCGUUGAGUGCCGGGCACGGCGACUCCCCGACACCCCACUACUGCAGCUGGGCCAGAAGGUGGAGUGCGAUGUGGCCUGGGGGCUGACCUGCUUCAACAGCGAGCAGAGCCCCCCGCUCUGCCAUGACUACGAGCUGCGGGUCCUCUGCUGCAGCUACCUGCCCUGUGGCUCCUCCCCCGAGGCCACGACCACGGCCCUCGGCACCACCACCUCCCCCGGGGCCACGACCACGGCCCUCGGCACCACCACCUCCCCCGGGGCCACGACCACGGCCCUCGGCACCACCACCUACCCCCGAGCCGCCAGCUGGCAGCCACUGGCCAGGUCCACCCCUGCCACGGAGACCCCGCCGGCAGAGACGACCGUGACAGGGACCUGGGCGUCGAGUAGCUCCCCAGCCUUGGCCACCACCUCCUGCCAGCCCCGAUGUCAGUGGACGGAGUGGUUUGAUGUGGACUACCCCAAGUCUGAGGAGGCCGGGGGGGACGUUGAAUCGUACGACAAGAUCAGGAGCACAGGAGGGGCCGUUUGCGAGCAGCCUGUGGACAUCGAGUGCCAGGCCGAGAACUUCCCCGGCAGGAGCGCUGAGGAGCUGGGCCAGCGCGUGCACUGCGAUGUCGAUUUUGGCCUGGUGUGCAGGAAUGAAGAGCAGGUGGGCCUGUUCAAGAUGUGCUACAACUACAGAAUCCGCGUGCUGUGCUGCCGCCAAGACCAGUGCGCGGGGCCCACCCCCGGGACACAGACACUGGCCACUGCGCAGACCACAGGCGGCCCCUCCAGGGAGACCCCACAAACACACACGACGGGAGUAGAGGCCACAACAGGCACUGUCCCCACCGGCCCCCCGUCCAGCCCACGCACAGAGACGCGCACGACCGCAGCAAGAAUGUCUCCGGGAACCCUGGGAACGGCCACGACGGCCGCCACCCCCAGCCAGAGCACGGCUGGCUGUCAGCCCCAGUGUGAGUGGACAGACUGGUUUGACGUGGACUUCCCAACCUCAGGAGUAGAGGGCGGGGACUUGGAAACCUUGGACAACAUCAGGGCUGCCGGGGGCACGCUGUGCGAGGAACCCCAGAAGAUUGAGUGUCGUGCAGAGAACUACCCUGAGGUCAGCAUUGACCAGAUCGGACAGGUGCUCAGCUGUGAUCUGCACACGGGGCUGGUCUGCAAGAAUCAGGACCAGAAGGGGCCUUUCAACAUGUGCUUCAACUACAAUAUCCGUGUGCUCUGCUGUCGCCCGAACCCGCUCUGCCCCAGCACCCCCGCCCCUGGGGGCUCCACAUCUCUGGGGAAAGAAGCCACAACAGGAGCGUCCACCCCGACCCAUGUCCCCUCCCCUGGGGCCAGCCAGGGGGUCCCUGUCUCCACCACCCAGACCCUUCCUUCCCCUGCCAGGACCACAGAGAGGGUCUCCAGCCCCGGUCCCUCUGCCUCCCCGGGGACCCCGACCACAACCACCACCAAGCCCACCUCACCCCGUGCACCCACCACGGUCCCCGAGGUGACCUCCAGACCGUGGACCUCCCCCGGGUCCCCGCCCAGCACGGCCACCUUCGGGACCACGCUGCUCUCCACGCCCCCGCUGCUCAGCUCGGCCACGCACGGCCCGGCCGCCUCAUCCUCCACGGGCUGCAGCCCACGGUGCACGUGGACAGACUGGUUCGACGUGGACUACCCCACGCCGGGCCUGGACGGCGGGGACUUCGAGACCUUCUCGGUUCUCCGGUCAGCGGGCCACGACUUCUGCCAGCGCCCUCAGGACAUCCAGUGCCGCUCGGAAAGGGCGCCGCACGCGCGUCUGGAGGACCUGGGGCAGGUGGUGCAGUGCGACGUGAGCUUCGGGCUGGUGUGUCGCAACCGGGAGCAGCCGGGACCCCUGCGCUACUGUGACAACUACCACGUGCGCCUGCUCUGCUGUGAGGACGACGGCCGCUGCCCCAGCCCCACCGCCCCUGAGCCCGCCACGCCCUCCCGGGGGACGCCUGUGCCCGAGACCACCAGCUCUCCGCCCGGCACCACCUUGGGCCUCUCCACGGCCUCCUCCAGGGCCACAGUGCCCACGGGCAAGACCGAGACAUCCCCACCUGUGACCUCCAGCCACACACAGACCCCUACGUCCCCCAUGGCCAAGUCCAUGGCCUGUGAGCCCCGCUGUGCCUGGACAGACUGGCUGGACGAGAGCUACCCGGCGCCGGGGGCCUCCGGUGGGGACUUCGAGACCUACGCCAACCUCCGGGCCGCGGGCAAAGCCAUCUGCCAGCAGCCGCGGGCACUGCAGUGCCGGGCGGAGGACCGGCCAGAGACACCACUGGAGGAGCUGGGCCAGGUGGUUCGGUGUGGCCUGGAGGAUGGCCUGGUGUGCCGCAACCAGGACCAGGCCGGCCCGUUCCACAUGUGCCUCAACUACCAGGUGCGCGUGCUCUGCUGCGAGGGCGACGGCAGCUGCACCAGCACCCUGGCCACCACGGCCCUCAGCUCGCGGGGCACCAGCCCGGGUCCGACCCCCGUGCUGCCCACAAGCACCAUGGUCCCCAGUCCUCCAGCCCCCAGCACCGGCCGGACCACGAACACCGCCACGUGCCUGCCCACCUGCCGCUGGACCGACUGGCUGGACAGUGAUCAGCCCCGGGCCGGCCGCUACGGGGGUGACAUCGAGACCUACUACCACAUCCGGGACGCGGGCGGUCAGCUCUGUGCGGAGCCCGAGGCCAUCGAGUGCCAGGCUGUGCUCUACCCAGACGUGCCCUGGGAGCAGCUGGGUCAGGAUGUGCGUUGUGACGUGAACUACGGACUCAUCUGCAGGAACAAUUGGCAGACGGGGGGCCGCACCUGCCUCAACUACCGCGUGCGGGUGCUGUGCUGCGACGGCCCCGGCCACUGCACCACACAGCCCACCACGGAGCCGGCCACUGCCAGCAGCUCCAGCACACGACCAGCUUCAUCAGGGGUCACUAGGCUGCAGACGACGGCAACCAUCCCGUCCUCCCCUGAGACCACGCUGGGUGGUCCCACCUCCCAGGCCGGCCCGUCUUCCCCUGGGACAACCCGUGGGGUUUCUGUCCUCACCACCCAUAUCCUUUCUUCCUCCCCGAGGAACACCCAGACAGGCCCGUCAUCCCCUGGGACCACCCUUGGGGUCCCUGUCUCUACCACCAGCACCAGCAUAGGCCAAACGUCAUUGGGAGUCAUUAGGCUGGGGACCACGACCACCCACCCCACCUCCCCUGAGACCACACAGAGAUACACUGUCUCCACCACCCAGAUCUCUCCUGCCUCCCCCAGGACCACCCAGACGGGACCCUCUUCUCCUGGGACCACCCAUGGGGUCCCUGUCUCUAUCACCAGCACCAGCAUAGGCCAAACGUCAUUGGGAGUCAUUAGGCUGGGGACCACGACCACCCACCCCACCUCCCCUGAGACCACACAGAGAUACACUGUCUCCACCACCCAGAUCUCUCCUGCCUCCCCCAGGACCACCCAGACGGGACCCUCUUCCCCUGGGACCACCCAUGCGGUUCCUGUCUCUACCACCAGCACCAGCAUAGGCCAAACGUCAUCAGGAGUCAUUAGGCUGGGGACCACGACCACCCACCCCACCUCCCCUGAGACCACACAGAGAUACACUGUCUCCACCACCCUGAUCUCUCCUGCCUCCCUCAGGACCACCCAGACGGGACCCUCUUCUCCUGGGACCACCCAUGGGGUUCCUGUCUCCACCACCCAGAUCUCUCCUGCCUCCCCCAGGACCACCCAGACGGGACCCUCUUCUCCUGGGACCACCCAUGGGGUUCCUGUCUCCACCACCCAGAUCUCUCCUGCCUCCCCCAGGACCACCCAGACGGGACCCUCUUCUCCUGGGACCACCCAUGGGGUUCCUGUCUCCACCACCCAGAUCUCUCCUGCCUCCCCCAGGACCACCCAGACGGGACCCUCUUCCCCUGGGACCACCCAGGGGGUUCCUGUCUCCACCACCCAGAUCUCUCCUGCCUCCCUCAGGACCACCCAGACGGGACCCUCAUCCCCUGGGACCACCCAUGCGGUUCCUGUCUCUACCACCAGCACCAGCAUAGGCCAAACGUCAUCAGGAGUCAUUAGGCUGGGGACCACGACCACCCACCCCACCUCCCCUGAGACCACACAGAGAUACACUGUCUCCACCACCCAGAUCUCUCCUGCCUCCCCCAGGACCACCCAGACGGGACCCUCUUCUCCUGGGACCACCCAUGGGGUUCCUGUCUCCACCACCCAGAUCUCUCCUGCCUCCCUCAGGACCACCCAGACGGGACCCUCUUCCCCUGGGACCACCCAUGCGGUUCCUGUCUCUACCACCAGCACCAGCAUAGGCCAAACGUCAUCAGGAGUCAUUAGGCUGGGGACCACGACCACCCACCCCACCUCCCCUGAGACCACACAGAGAUACACUGUCUCCACCACCCUGAUCUCUCCUGCCUCCUCCAGGACCACCCAGACAGGACCCUCAUCCCCUGGGACCACCCAUGGGGUUCCUGUCUCCACCACCCAGAUCUCUCCUGCCUCCCUCAGGACCACCCGGACGGGACCCUCUUCUCCUGGGACCACCCAUGGGGUUCCUGUCUCCACCACCCAGAUCUCUCCUGCCUCCCUCAGGACCACCCAGACGGGACCCUCUUCUCCUGGGACCACCCAUGGGGUUCCUGUCUCCACCACCCAGAUCUCUCCUGCCUCCCUCAGGACCACCCAGACGGGACCCUCUUCUCCUGGGACCACCCAUGGGGUUCCUGUCUCCACCACCCAGAUCUCUCCUGCCUCCCCCAGGACCACCCAGACGGGACCCUCAUCCCCUGGGACCACCCAUGGGGUCCCUGUCUCUAUCACCAGCACCAGCAUAGGCCAAACGUCAUUGGGAGUCAUUAGGCUGGGGACCACGACCACCCACCCCACCUCCCCUGAGACCACACAGAGAUACACUGUCUCCACCACCCAGAUCUCUCCUGCCUCCCCCAGGACCACCCAGACGGGACCCUCUUCCCCUGGGACCACCCAGGGGGUUCCUGUCUCCACCACCCAGAUCUCUCCUGCCUCCCCCAGGACCACCCAGACGGGACCCUCUUCUCCUGGGACCACCCAUGGGGUUCCUGUCUCCACCACCCAGAUCUCUCCUGCCUCCCUCAGGACCACCCAGACGGGACCCUCUUCCCCUGGGACCACCCAUGCGGUUCCUGUCUCUACCACCAGCACCAGCAUAGGCCAAACGUCAUCAGGAGUCAUUAGGCUGGGGACCACGACCACCCACCCCACCUCCCCUGAGACCACACAGAGAUACACUGUCUCCACCACCCUGAUCUCUCCUGCCUCCUCCAGGACCACCCAGACAGGACCCUCAUCCCCUGGGACCACCCAUGGGGUUCCUGUCUCCACCACCCAGAUCUCUCCUGCCUCCCUCAGGACCACCCGGACGGGACCCUCUUCUCCUGGGACCACCCAUGGGGUUCCUGUCUCCACCACCCAGAUCUCUCCUGCCUCCCUCAGGACCACCCAGACGGGACCCUCUUCCCCUGGGACCACCCAUGGGGUUCCUGUCUCCACCACCCAGAUCUCUCCUGCCUCCCUCAGGACCACCCAGACGGGACCCUCUUCUCCUGGGACCACCCAUGGGGUUCCUGUCUCCACCACCCAGAUCUCUCCUGCCUCCCCCAGGACCACCCAGACGGGACCCUCUUCCCCUGGGACCACCCAUGGGGUUCCUGUCUCCACCACCCAGAUCUCUCCUGCCUCCCCCAGGACCACCCAGACAGGACCCUCAUCCCCUGGGACCACCCAUGGGGUCCCUGUCUCUAUCACCAGCACCAGCAUAGGCCAAACGUCAUUGGGAGUCAUUAGGCUGGGGACCACGACCACCCACCCCACCUCCCCUGAGACCACACAGAGAUACACUGUCUCCACCACCCAGAUCUCUCCUGCCUCCCCCAGGACCACCCAGACGGGACCCUCUUCCCCUGGGACCACCCAGGGGGUUCCUGUCUCCACCACCCAGAUCUCUCCUGCCUCCCCCAGGACCACCCAGACGGGACCCUCUUCUCCUGGGACCACCCAUGGGGUUCCUGUCUCCACCACCCAGAUCUCUCCUGCCUCCCCCAGGACCACCCAGACGGGACCCUCUUCCCCUGGGACCACCCAGGGGGUUCCUGUCUCCACCACCCAGAUCUCUCCUGCCUCCCCCAGGACCACCCAGACGGGACCCUCUUCCCCUGGAACCACCCAGGGGGUUCCUGUCUCCACCACCCAGAUCUCUCCUGCCUCCCCCAGGACCACCCAGACGGGACCCUCUUCUCCUGGGACCACCCAUGGGGUCCCUGUCUCUACCACCAGCACCAGCAUAGGCCAAACGUCAUCGGGAGUCAUUAGGCUGGGGACCACGACCACCCACCCCACCUCCCCUGAGACCACACAGAGAUACACUGUCUCCACCACCCAGAUCUCUCCUGCCUCCCCCAGGACCACCCAGAGAGGCCCAACUUCCGCUGGGACCACCCAGGGGGUUCCUGUCUCCACCACCCAGAUCUCUCCUGCCUCCCCCAGGACCACCCAGACGGGACCCUCUUUCCCUGGGACCACCCAUGCGGUUCCUGUCUCCACCACCCAGACCCUUCCUUCCCCUGCCAGGACCACAGAGAGGGUCUCCAGCCCCGGUCCCUCUGCCUCCCCGGGGACCCCGACCACAACCACCACCAAGCCCACCUCACCCCGUGCACCCACCACGGUCCCCGAGGUGACCUCCAGACCGUGGACCUCCCCCGGGUCCCCGCCCAGCACGGCCACCUUCGGAACCACGCUGCUCUCCACGCCCCCGCUGCCCAGCUCGGCCACUCACGGCCCGGCCGCCUCAUCCUCCACGGGCUGCAGCCCACGGUGCACGUGGACAGACUGGUUCGACGAGGACUACCCCAUCCCGGGCCUGGACGGCGGGGACUUCGAGACCUUCUCGGUUCUCCGCUCAGCGGGCCACGACUUCUGCCAGCGCCCUCAGGACAUCCAGUGCCGCUCGGAAAGGGCGCCGCACGCGCGUCUGGAGGACCUGGGGCAGGUGGUGCAGUGCGACGUGAGCUUCGGGCUGGUGUGUCGCAACCGGGAGCAGCCGGGACCCCUGCGCUACUGUGACAACUACCACGUGCGCCUGCUCUGCUGUGAGGACGACGGCCGCUGCCCCAGCCCCACCGCCCCCGAGCCCGCCACGCCCUCCCGGGGGAUGCCUGUGCCCGAGACCACCAGCUCUCCGCCCGGCACCACCUUGGGCCUCUCCACGGCCGCCUCCAGGUCCUCGGCACCCCGCACCUUGCGGCCAGUGACCGUGAGCACCUCGCCCAUGUCCGUCCUCACCACCCCGGGGCCGCCUGUGUCUUCCAGUGGGAACCUCACCACGCACUGCUUCUGCCGGGCGCUGGGGCAGCUCUUCUCCCCGGGGGACAUCGUGUACAACAAGACGGACGGCGCGGGCUGCUCCUUCUACGCCGUCUGCAGCCCGCACUGUGACAUUGACCGCUUCCAGGAUGCCUGCCCUACGUCCCCGCCCACGGAGGCCUCCUCGCUGCCAGCCGCCUCGCCCUCCCAGCCUCAGGGCUGCGACCUCAUCAUCCCUCCCCGACAGGUGAACGAGUCCUGGACCCUGCCAGACUGCACAGUGGCUCGGUGUGAGGGCCACAACCACGUGGUCCUGCUGGGGCGGAAGCCGGUGGCCAGCAUCCACUGCGUGAACGGACACCCGCCGGUCAGAGUGUCGCAGGACAACGAGCCGUGUGACUUCCACUUUGAGUGCGAGUGCUCCUGCAGCGGCUGGGGGGGCUCCCACUACACCACCUUCGACGGCACGACCUACUCCUUCGCGGACAACUGCACCCACGUGCUCAUGAAGGAGAUCCACCCGCGCUACGGGAACCUCAGCAUCUCCAUGAACGGCUACUACUGCGGGGCCACCGCCGCCGCCGCCCCCUGCCCCCGUGCCCUCAGCGUCCACUACAAGUCCAUGGAGGUCAUCCUCACCACCCACACCGGCGCCCGUGGGCAGGAGCAGAGCCUGAUCCUGUUCGACCAAAUGCAAGUGGGCUCGGGCUUCAGCAAGGAGGGCGUGAGUGUGUCGGUGACGGGCGCGACCACGAUGACCAUCGACAUCGCUGCGGCUGGUGUGAGCGUCACCUUCGACGGGCAGGUCUUCCACAUCCAGCUGUCCUACAGCCGUUUCAGCCACAACACCGAGGGCCAGUGCGGCACCUGCACCAACAGCCGGACGGACGACUGCCGCCGGCCGGAUGGCACCAUGGCCGCCACCUGCCAAGACAUGGCCCACCACUGGCUGGUCCCCGAGAGUGGCCGGGAGGGCUGCUUGGCGCCUACCCGCCCGCCCCUGACAGCGGGGACCUCGCCCUCCGCGCCCACCACGCCCACCUCAUCCCCAUGCCCCCCCGCGCCCCUCUGCGAGCUGCUGCAGAGCCCGCUCUUUGCGGAGUGCCGCGCCCUCAUCCCCCCGGACCCGUUCGUCAGCUCCUGCGUCAGUGACGGCUGCCAGGCCGACGACCCCCGAGCGCCUUGCCGGAGCCUGGAGGCCUACGCGGCGCUCUGCCGUGCCCGGGGCGUGUGCAGCGACUGGCGGAAUGCCACCAACGGGCUGUGCGAUGUCACCUGCCCGCCCGACAAAGUGUACCGGCCGUGUGGCCCUGCACAGCCCGCGUCCUGCGACUCUAGGAGCCAGAGCGGAGGGGGCAAGGGGCUGGCGGAAGGCUGCUUCUGCCCCGACGGGCUCACCCUCUUCAACACGCACACGGAUGUCUGCGUGCGCGCCUGCGCCUGCGUGGGACCAGAUGGCUUUCCCAAAUCCCCUGGGGAGCGCUGGGUCAGCGACUGCCAGGCCUGCCUGUGCCACGAGGGCUCCAUGUCAGUACGGUGCGCCCCCGUGCCGUGCGAGCCCCAGGAGCGGCCCCCACAGUGCGGACGGGCUGGCUUCGUGACCGAGACCAGGCCUCUGGCCAACAACUCCUGCUGUCUGGAGACGCUGUGCGUCUGCGACACAACCACGUGUCCCCAGAGCCCACCCAGAUGCAGGCCAGGAGAGGAACUGAUUCGCACCCAGAAGGAGGGUGACUGCUGCCCUACCUUCAUCUGCCGACCUCUGCUGUGUUACUACAACCAAACCGCCUUUGGGAUCGGGGCGACCUUCCCGUCGCUGACUCCCUGCCACACGUGCACCUGCCUGGCUGGGGACAGCCAGGGCCCAACCGUGCAGUGUGAGGAGGACCCCUGUAACAGCACCUGCUCCCCGGGCUCCGAGUACCGGAAGGUGGACGGACGGUGCUGUGGCGGGUGUGUGCAGACGGCCUGCCCCACGGAGGACGGCCAGCUGGUCCAGCCCAGCGAGACCUGGGUCACCAGCCUGGUGGACAACUGCACCGAGUACCGCUGCCAGGUCAGGAACGGGCUCCACGUGCUCAUCACCAGGGCCACGCCCUGCGCCAACAUGUCCAGCUGCCAGGGCAUCCUCAGGAAAACGGGCUGCUGCUUCUCCUGUGAGGAAGUGGACCAGUGCCAGGUCCACGUCAACAGGACCAUCCUGACACACCAGGGCUGCGCCACCCAGGCCCCGGUCAACGUCACGUUCUGCGGGGGCUCAUGUCCUGGACUGUCCAAGUACUCCGCGGAGGCCCAGGCGAUGGAGCGCCAGUGCACCUGCUGCAGAGAGACGGAGGCUCACGAGGAGGCGGUGACCCUGCGGUGCCCCGACGGGACGGCCGUCCGCCGCACCUACACCCACGUGGACAAGUGCAGUUGUGCCCCGGCCUGUGUCCACUCGCCCAAGGCGCCCGAGGACAGCACCCCCAUCCUCCUGACCUAGGGGUCCACCACUGUCCGUUGCCAUUCUGACCCCCUCCCACCAGCCCCCCCACCCCACCUGGAGCCGGGACACACACCGCCCAGCCACCGAGAGCGCGGCCAGCCUGCGGCAGGGGCCCGGGCACACCUGCCCCCUGGGCGCUCACGGGACCUGUGCCUUGGGGGUGAGCCCGGAGGGUGAGGGCACAGUGAGGACCUGCUUGACCGGAGCUCUGGGAGGAGCCUUGCCCUCAGAGCCCCUCCAGCACGUCGUGGCCGCUGUCUGGCCGUCAGGACCUGCCCCUCACCUGAGACGAGUGUCUGCACCGCCCGGACUCGCCCUUCUUCGUGCCGGGAGCCACCGUGCCGGCCGCCGCGGCAGGUUCCUGCUGGCCGCCUCCUGCAGCAGGGUGUGGGCUGGCGGCCGCCGGCUGCCUCUGGGGAGCAGCGUCAGGUCCAGCGUCAGGUCGGAGGGCUGGCUGUCCGUGCCCACGUCUGAACCUGGGCCUGGGGUGACCAUGGCUGCUGGGAGGCAGGCCAGGGAGGGGUCGGCGCUCCGCACUCCCUCCGCCCACCCUGUCCUCGUCCUGCAAAUAAACACUGAGCAUCGUGUACA